CCGAGUUGUCUGAAUCGUUUGAUGUUGGUGCACACUAGCACUGUCCGGACGUUCUGACGGACCUCAACCUGCCGCAGCAUAGCGACUCUGUAUACUGGAAGGAGAAGGAUUUUCCGAAGCAAAGAUAGUCACCAGUCUGGGAAUGGACGUGUGACUGGAUGGGCUUGAUCCAACCGCACUAGAAUGGAUCCCUACUCUUUUCGAUAAGUGUGGAGACAAGGGGGUCAUCACGCUUCCAAUCUAUGCCUUGAAGGGAACAUCCGGGACAUCUUCUGAAAAUGGCAGCUGGUGACGUCCCCAUGAACAUUCUUAACCCGGAGGCAGGCAUGGUUUCACCAGGUAGUACCCAAAACAACCAACUGAACUAUAACAACAUUCGCCUGUCCCUGGACGAGCCACCGUACACUCCGACUGCCAAGGUUUACAAGAUUAUGGCUGCACCGCCCAAAAGGUUCGGCUGGGGGCGCUUCACACCGGGGUUUCUUCAAGUCUUCAACUCACCACGAUGGCUUCUGAUCUUCAUGUGCAUCGGAGCUGCGCUGGCAGGUGCCAUCUCAUCGGGGUUCGUGCCGAUUAUCUUGACCACUCUGGAGUUCCGGUUCGGCCUGUCCAGCACACAGAGCGCCCUGCUGGUCAUCACUUACGACAUCUUCGGCGUUAUCCUCAUACCCAUCAUAACGUACUACGGAGGCAAGCGCAUGGCAAACAAGAAAGAAGGCCAGAUGGUUGUGAUCAAGCUUCUCGGGACCUGA